AUGCCAAAGAAUUCGAAAACUAUUAUUAAAGAACUAAAAUCUGGAGUAAAAAAUUAUACAAACGUUCUUAAGGAACUGCAUCCGAAUGCCAAUAUUUUUCCUGUCACCAAAGAACAUCUGAAAGAAUAUCUUAAUUCCAAGCUCGAAGAUAAAAUAAAACACGGCACUUUGGAGCAGUAUAUUCAGCACAUUCGUGCUUGUAACAUCGAGAAGGGGCAUGGUUGGGAUCACAACUUCAAUCCCAUUAUUAAAGAAGCUAUGAAUAACUUAAAGGCAAUGACACAACGGUAUUUUCCCGAUACCCCAGCCCCCUCGCCGUAUAUGGGGUAUUUAAGUCAUGACAAUGAUCAAUGGCAAAUCCCAAACGGAAUCUUGUUCCCGAGCAAACCUACGUUAGCUGAGAUCGUAGGUGGAACAGAAACUGAAAUUUAUAAUAAUAAUCAAAUAGCCGAAUGGUACACUGACAGUGAGGGAAAACUUGUUUCGCCAUUCUGGCAUCCAGAAAAUGAGGAAGCAACUCACGAUCACAGUGGUCUUGCACCAAUCAUCGCUCGAAUUCCUGAGGGAAACCUCAUUGCGACUGAUGAAAUUGUCACGCCCAGCAAUAGCAAUGAUCAAUGGCGCUCUGAAAACGGAAAACUUUUUUCCCCAUUUAUUCCUUCCAAACUGGAGGAAAAUGCUCGUGAUACUCCAAAUAAUCAAUUUCAAUAUUAUGAAAGCCCUACCGAUGAAAGCUCCACGACUUCCAAAAGCGAUUUUAGUGAUACCCUGACCGUCACUAUAAAAUCCAGAUCGAGGGUCUACAAAAGAAAUCUGGUAGUAACAGAAGACACAACGUUUGAUAAGCUAAUGUUUUUUGCAUUCGGUAUGAAUCCACCAAUCGGGAAACAUUUUGCCAUUAGAGAUGACAGUGGUGAUCUUGAAUAUAUACCCAGCGAACUGGUCAGAAAGGCAAUCACAGGCGUUAAUCAUGCAACACUGGUCGUUUCCAUCGAGGAUAAUGGUCUGGUUGAUUUCAAUAACUUCUAA